GGCGCGUGGGGCGGUGGAGGUGGUAACGAUACGGCGAUGGUCGAAGGUAUCGGCGGUGGUCGUGUCGGUGGUUAACGGAGGCGUGGCCUGGAACGAGGCGCCUCCGGUGCGCACCGCCCUUGUCUCGCGUUCCUACGUAUCGUAGUUUCCCGUGUUUCCACGACUCGGCAACGUCACGUGACCGGGCGCUCGAUCCCUCGAGUUCGGGCGACCGCCUCGACGGCUCGAGGAAGCCCCGAAAAGCAACGCCCAAUAGGGGAGCCGUAGGACGCGCGGCUUCGCUUUCCUUGUCUCUCUCGGGCGCACCGGGUCGGCUUCGGUGUCGUUAUCGGGGCUUCGCGAGCGGCCAGGCUCGAGCGUCGUUGCCGUGCGAGCGAAGUUGGUGGGGCGAGCGGUGCGCGUGGGAGGAGGAGCGGUGGCCCAGUGAAGUCCGGGAAGUCGAGCAGCGCAGACGCGUUCAUUUUGCGUUGUCUCGAUCUUCGUCGUAAGUUUACCUUUCGAGCAGCGGCAGCAGCAGCAUCCUCUCGCCAACGCCACCGACCGACCGAUCGCGCGGACUACGUUCCGCGUCCUCGCGAUUCGUUUCACUCUCGUAUCGCGUUUUCCUCGCGAUCCUCGCCGAUUCUCGCGUCGAGAAAGUCGAUGGGAAGCGCGCGCCGGUGUUCGACUUGUCGUUGAUCGUCGUUGUCGCGUUAUUCGAUGGUAACCGGGGUCCAGCUGGUACAACGGGGGAACCAGCAAACCGAUAACGGGUCCGAGUAGUUUCAACGUUUAUUUUCGCGAGUGAGGCUUGGUGAUUAUCGUCCUGCGUAUCGUGCGCUUCCUGUCGGCAACGGAACAAAGUGUUUGCAUUCGGGUGGACGGAGAGAAAGAGCGAAGAAGAGAGACGGAAAGAGAGAGUUAGAGAGAAAGAGAGAGAGAGAGAGAGAGAGAGAGAGGGAGGGAGGGAGGAAGAGAGAUACGUUGAACGAGAAACAAAGGCAACACCGGACGCGAGAAGGAAGAGGCCGAGGGAAAAAUCGGAAUCAAAGUGUCGUCGACCGAGAAGGGAUGCCUACAAAGGGGGAAAGGGGAAAAGCGACGGACUUCAGCAUCGCGGCCAUCAUGGCGCCCAGGGGUCCGUCCUUCGGGCAUUACCACCUGCAGGGCAUUGGCAACGCCGCCGCUACCGCUAAUACCAGCUUGGAAUGUCCAACUGGCAAAGCAUUCGUCGCCAGUUCUGCCCUCGAUCACCGAACGAGAACGUCACCGGUGAACAUCGUGGCAACCGCGACCGUUGUGACGGACGAAGCGUUGCUCGCCGACGACGAGGUAGACAACUGCGAAGGCGAGAGCGAAGGGACCGAGAAGUCGACUCAAGAAGAGGACGAAGAGGUGGACGUGGACGUGGAGGAGUGCAGCAGCAUCGACGACGGGCCGGUUCACGGCGUGCCGGAUGAUUUGAGCACAACGACAGCCUCGACGAGAAAUUGCCAAGACGGUUACAACGAGCACGAACGAAAACACCGACUCCGAACCAGUUGCAACUCCGACGAGCUCCGGGACGUCGAGUGUCAUCUCGAAACGAAGGAACUGUGGGACAAAUUUAACGACCUCGGCACGGAAAUGAUCAUUACGAAAACGGGCAGACGAAUGUUCCCGACCUGUCGCGUAUCGUUCAGCGGAUUAAAAUCGGAAGGCAGGUACGCGGUGUUGAUGGACAUCGUGCCAGUGGACAACAAACGAUACCGAUACGCGUACCAUCGAAGCUGUUGGUUGGUCGCGGGGAAAGCGGAUCCACCGGCGCCGGCGCGGCUCUACGUUCACCCGGACUCGCCGUUUACCGGGGAUCAGCUACGAAAGCAGGUGGUCUCGUUCGAAAAGGUCAAGCUGACGAACAACGACAUGGACAAGCACGGCCAGAUCGUUUUGAAUUCGAUGCACAGAUAUCAACCGAGGAUACAUUUGGUACGCUGUCGACAAACGGACGACAACAAUCUUCGUAUAACCGAUCUUCAGAAGGAGGAGCACAAAACGUUCAUAUUCCCCGAAGCAAUUUUCACCGCGGUGACUGCCUACCAGAAUCAGUUGAUAACCAAGUUGAAGAUCGACAGCAAUCCGUUCGCCAAAGGUUUCCGAGACUCGUCGAGACUGACGGAUUUCGAUCGAGAUCCGAUGGAGUUGAUGGAGCAACAGUUGGUGAGGUGCGGCGUGGCGCCGGUCAGGUUGUACGAGCAUCUCGCGAUGUCGUCUCCGGCCGCGGCGGCAGCAGCUGCGGCUGCGGCAGCGGCAGCCGCCGCCCUCGGUGCUCAGCAACAUCAGCAACAACACCAUCAACAGUCGCAGCAGCAGCAGCAGCAACAGCAUCAACAACAACAACAGCAACAGCAGUCGCAGCAUGAGAGCUCGGCUCACGCUUUGCCCCCGUGGAUCGCUCCGUCGACGGCGCUCCUCUACGGAACCGUCGGCCAAACACACCCGGGAACUAGGCCGGCGACCGGAACGACGUCUCCGUAUCCGACCGCGGCGACUACCGCGUCUUUUCCCUACCCCGCGGCCCUGCCCUGGCCCUGGCAACCACCACCUCCCGUCGCCAUGAUAUCGCGAAGAUCUCCUCCCAGCGCGACCGCCGCCUCCCUCAGGUACACCCCGUAUCCUCCACCCGCAAGCACGCCUCCGCCAUUAAGAACCCGUCCAUCCACCCCCAAUUAGCGAUCCACAUCGGACGCUUUCCCUUAACGAUAUCCACGCGUUCUGCCAGCCUACUCGUUCUGUUGGUCGCGUCAAAACGAUUCGGACAGCCGAUGGAAGGUGUGGUAAACGCGGUGCAGCCAAAGAAGAAAUCCUCGAGCCAAGGUUUUGGGCGUCGAUCGAGGAAACCGCUGCUCUGUUGCGACGCCCGGAAGCGUUCGCGUAGACGUUAUCGCGCGGAUGAUCGCACGUGCGGGUUUCGUCGAUUUGUACAGAACGCCAGGCGUCACGCAGUUCGGUUUCUCGUUCUCUCGACGUGCGAGGAAGAAGCAUCCCGAGAUCGUCAUCGCUUCAUCCAGUGUUAUUUAAGUUAGCUUUAGAGAAACGACCUGUACUUGUUUGCUCUCUGUGUACGCGUAAUAUAACCGGUAGACUGUCCGUCUUUAAAUUCGGGAAGCUGGAGGGUUCGCGUUGACUGUGCGCUGGAAAAAUUCCCCUUUCCUUCCUUCCUCAAUUCCGAUCGAUUUGUACAUAAAAUACGCCGAGUCGAAAGAUACGCGAAAGAAAGAAAAGCGACGGAUAAUGGAAAAAGACUCGGCUAUAGUUGUAAUAUAUACCACGAUAGUAUUAACGCGUGUUUACUCGAGACGGUGAUCUUUGUACAUAAAAUCUUUUGUGGUAGCGAGUAGCGUAAACGACGUAUUCACGAUGUAGCACGGAUACAAAUAAACGAAUUUUCAUUAA